ACAUUUUUUUCUAUCGUAGGAUCUGCCUGGGAGUGUCAUCCGGGUUGCAGGAGGUUCUGUCUUUCCUCCUGUAAAAGAAGCUGCUGUGCACCCGGGGCCCCGAAUUACACCCCGGACAUGUUUCCCCAACUUGUCAGUUACCAAGCCUCCCUACCCCCUCCUCCCCCUCCACCUCCAGCAUGCCCUACGGGUUGCCCAUCCACCUGUUAUCCUAGCUGCGACGCAGGUUGCUGUUUUCCCGUUAAUCAAGCUCCAGUUUAUCCUCAGUAUUCAGCUAACCCAUACAGUACUGGAUAUGGGGGAUAUCCCACUGAUCCCUGCGCUGCACAGGAUUGUUCUGCGGAGUGCGCUCCUCUUUGCAAGCCAGGUAAGCAUAGUUAAUAUUCUUCUUUUGUCCGCAGUGUUUCCCCUCUCAUCAGUAUAUCACGCUUUUUGCCUGAGCUGCUAUCCUCUUACUUUUUGUUGAUUAGACUGUUGUCGCUCCCAAGCCUUGAAUUUGAGUAUUCGGCCAGUGUAUUUAGGCAGUAAAGAUUCUCCUGCUACUUCAACUUCUCCUAAGAAGGUCGCAGCCGAAAAGAAACCCCCGCCACCAAAGAAGAAACCUGCCGUAGACCUGAAGAAGCUUGCCGGAAAGACAAACUUUUUGUGUGUACGUCCGUGCCAAAAACUAUGCAAGCCUAUAUGCAAGUAAGUCAUGUACUCCCAAAGUAUAGGAGUAGAUCACAUGCACGCAGGACAAUGAAAUGAACAUUUUAAGGGAAAAUGUCUUAAAAUUUUAAAGAUAACUUUUUUGUGAAAGAUUAAUUGCGCUUAGGUACAAAAUUAUUCUACGACACGACUUUUUAACAUGCAGGUACUAUACUGUCUAAACUGGAAAAAUGUUAAGAUAAAUGUAGAAUCCAUAAUUAUUAUCAUCCUGUGAAUACUUCCCGCCUGUUCACUUCCUGUAGCUGGGGACCACAAAGAGUCCCCAGCACAUGAGGGACAAAAACUAGGCAGCGUUAACUUUUGCAAGCCGUCUGGGCUGUUACUAAGGACCACAGGGAGAAAAUGGGCCCCUAACUGACUGGCAAGUCCUGAGUAACCAUCCCAGAAACAAUUGCGGGACACAUUUCGGCUCCAGCCCCCUUCUCUUUUCUUAAGUGCGCGAGGAGACAAUUAUCUGUAUUGGGCUAUCUCUAGGUGACGCAUUGACAUCUAGAAGAAUCAAAACUCGUAGAAAAUAAUUUGUUAACCGGAAAGCUAUGUCAGUGGUAGUAUUUUCAAAGGGUCAAAUUGAUGCAACCUAUUUCCCGGGGCAAUGGAAGGGGUAUACGAAAUCGUGGCGCCGGCCCCUAGACAUCAUGCCUCUCGUUUUGUAAAGGAAUAUGCAAUAGGGACGAGGUUGAAAUUGAUGCAAGCGUAGACGUUACUUACACACGAAAAACAAUAUGGGCAUAGGUGUUUUACCACUACUGGUAACUUAUCGCCUGUCUCCCGUCACAGAUUUGAAUGCUGUUUGCCGACGUACAAAUUCCAUGACUCUCACCCUGCUCCGAAAAAGCCUGCUAAAGAUCAUCAUGUCAAACCUGUCGCCUCACCUCAGAGGGUACCAGUCCCCAAACUGGCCUCUCCACCGGAGCCAACAGAAGGACCGGCGGCGCAGGACCUGCAACCACCUUCACCUUAUGCAGGUGGAUACCAAAAUCCGGAUCCAGCAGCAGCGAUGAUGGCACCCCCUGCGGGUAAAGUAUAACCAAGAAAGCCCCUGGUAUAAUUUUGUAUUUUUACCUCCCACAAGCAACCAUAGAGAAGGUCCCAAAAUAGUGCUUUCUUUUCACCCCCGCAAAAUGUUUUUCGUACAUUUUCGAUUCUUUUUUAUCGAGAUAUCUCGAAACACGAAUUACGUUAACUUUUCAAAGUAUCUUUCGUACAGAUGCUUACAGACUGGAGUCCAUAUUAGAUCAUUUUUAGAAACCCAGGGGCAAACAAUCGGAAGAAAAGAGGUAUACCUUUCGGGCCAGAAGUUCCAGGAAAAUCUGGAUGGCUUUUUAUAUUGAGUCAGAAUUAUAGAUUUUUUUGACAUCAAAGAAUUGAAAUGCGACUCACCUUUCUUACUCUUGUUCGAUUUCUAAUCCUUACCUUAAAUUAAGCCAAUCCUCUGGAUAUGUCGAAAACUUGCAGGGACACUCUAAAUCAAGAGACAUGUUAUGUAGAUCUAACUUGAAAGCUCUGCAUGAUACCGUUUACUUUUCAGUAUUUUAUAAAUAACACUAUUUUGCGAUAUCUUUUCUUUAACGGCGAUUGUUGGCAUGCACAUUCUUCAGUCGUGACAGGACUUCUCCUAGACUCAUUGCAUCACCUAAUUAACUAACUGUAAACGAUCUCCUCCUUCAGAGCCGACAUGUCCAGGUGCCUGCCCAACGUCGUGUGCCCCAUCUUGUGAUUUCUCCUGUUGUUCCUCUUACAUGACACCACAACCCCAAACAGUUGCCCCAGUGCCUCCUCAGCAAGGCUUCCCUUAUGGAGCAGUGCCACCAAAUCCUAUGGUGAGCAAUACUAAUUAUGUGGUAAGUAAUACAAAUCCUAUAGUAAGUAAUAUUAUUUCUAUGGUGAUCAACACAAAGCCUAUGGUGAGUACUACUAAUUCCAUGUCAAGUAAUACUAAUCCCAUGGUGAUCAACACUAAGCCUAUGGUGAGUAAUACUAAUCCCAUGGCAAGUAAUACUAAUCCUAUGGAAAGUAAUACUAAUCACAUGGUAAGUAAUACUAAUCAUAUGGUAAGUAAUACAAAUCCUAUAGCAAGUAAUAUUAAUCCUAUAGUGAUCAACACUAAUCCUAUGGUAAGUAAUACUACUCCCAUGGUGAUCAAUACCACUCCUAUGUUAACAAAUAAUAAUGAUAUGGUAAGUAAUACUAAUCCUAUAGUAAGUAAUGCGAGGUUCCAUUUGCUGGGACAAAGAAACCAGCCCUAAAUGUAAAAUAAGUAACUCUUGACCAACGUUCAAGUGAUGCUUGUAUGAAUUUGGUUUUAUAUUUCUACUUGCGUUGUAACUAUUUAUUCACUUCUGUGGGGGGUGUUUGUUAAAUUUCUUUCAAACUUUAAUAUGUCCCUCUUUAUUGUAGGCUCCAAAUCCAGUCCCCCAGGCUCCACCCUCCCCAGGUCUCGCUCCUCUAAGCUGUCCAGGACAGUCGUGCCCAGACUCGUGCGCCCCAUUGUGUUCGCCAAGCUGUUGCGCGGGAAUUAGCCGCAUGCUUCCAGCAAACUGGGACAAGAGAAACAACGUGCCUCGAGCGGCCUAA